AUGGGGUCGGGAGAUGGGACCGCGAAACCGACUCCUAUCAAACCUACCACCAUCCGUGUCAGAACGAGACUAAGACCCACCAAGCCUGUCGCAAAGAAUAAGCCUGAAGCCGAAGCUGGACAACAUGCCACACCGGAAGUCGUGCAGAAAGCGAGACAAGAUUGGCAGCAGCGAGGAACCGUCAGUCGCCGGGUGGCGCGAAGCAAGUUCAAUGCGAAGAGGCUAAAGCAAGAAGAGGAUGAUAUUGCUAGAUGGCACGAGUUCUUUGAAGCUGAUCCCGAUGACGAUGGCAACCUGAAGAAUGAUGAACCACAUCCUUCAGAUAGCCAUCCUCCAAAGAAUCCUCUUCAUAUUCCUGAAAUCAAGCGCAUACCCAAAGCCGAGGAGCAAGAUCUAGAAUUCUUCAACGAGCUGCCAGAAGAUAAAUCACCAAAAUCGCAGACUAAAGAUGACAUCGAAUUUAUGGAUCUGUUGAACGAGCAGUGCAAGAUUGUUGCAGGUGAGGGAGAUUGGAGGAAACCAAUAGCGCUUCCCAAGCGACCACGCAAGGUCAACGCAAAAGACUUUUUUGAUCCAGCGGAUGACUUUAUGGCUUACAUGCGAGCCAUUCGCAGGAACGGAAUUUGUCUCGAUCCUGAUCACGCGAUGGCUGUCAGAAAGGCUACCAAGGCGAUUCUUGCUCAGAGCAACUGGGAAAAGACCGCGGCGACAGUGACCAAUGUUCUAUUCGCUGCUGCAGGUAUUGCAUUGAUUGUGGUUUCGAAAGGAAGUGCUCUCGGUCUCUUGGCAGUGCCUUAUGUUAUUCCUACGAUAGUCGUGCCGGCCGUCAAAGUGGCUAAAGGGCUAGUCAACGUUGCUAUCAGCGCGAGAAAUCGUUACAAAAAGGAUGAUCUCAAAAGGCACAUGCAGGACUUGGCAACGAUCGAAGCGAGUGUCGGAGUGCGAGUCAAGAGUGAGCAGGACAAGCUUGAGUACCAAAAAUUCAGAGCAAUUGCUGCAGAACGCAUGGGCGAAAUGGAAAAGGCUUGGCACGAGAAGUUUACUGACCCGAUCAACAAGGUUGUUGAUUCGGUCGAGAAGGCUCUCUCGCCUGUCACGAAAUUAAAAAAACUUGUCGAGGAGAAGGACAAGCAUAAAAUUAUUGAGAAAGGCGGAAUGGCUGCUGAGGGUAUCAGUUUGAUACGGGAUAUGAAGGACUUGAUUGUGAGCGCCAUUGAUAUUGGGACUUAA